AAGCCCUACACGGCGGUGACUGUACAGAUUGAAGUCCUGACGAGUGAACAAUAUGAGGUCGAAGAUUCCAGUGGUAUCGUUGAUUUGGUGGAAGUAGUUCGCAUUCAAGCCAGUGGCCCAACAGAAGCAAGCCGGGCUCUUCGGAAGAAGCUGAAAUAUGGCACCCUCCACCGACAGCUGCGCGCUCUUACCAUCCUCGACUUCCUAGUUCAAAAUGCAGGAGAGCGCUUCCUACGCGAUUUCGCCGACGAGGCAUUGCUCGAACGUCUGCGCAUUGCGGCCACAGAUUCCGUUUCAGAUCCACUCGUGAAACAGAAAUGCAAACAGAUCUUUGGACAAUGGGCGGCAACAUUCAAGGACACACCCAACAUGGCCAGGGUCACCGCGCUGUACAAGCAACUCCCCAAGCGGAAGCAGCCUGCAACGCAGGCGAAAGCAAAAGUUCUCCGAGAGGGAGCGAACUCAAAUGAACCUUCGAUGGGUCAUGUCGUUUCUGUGUCAGCGGGUAGUGGACCGCCCACUGUACUGACUAGCCCGAAAGAGAAGUCAAGGAAAGUCAAGAAAGAUAAGAAACUCUCAAUCAGCAGCGGUAGGAGAUUCGAUCUGGAGAAGGAGCGCCCAGAGAUCUUGCAAACGCUUGCUGCCUCCUCUGUGGCUAGUACCAACUUGUUAAAUGCGCUCAAACACGUCAAUCGCGAGACGCACCGAGUGAGCGAGGACGCCGAGUGCAGGAAUCGAUUCGAAAAAUGCAAGCAGCUUCGCCAUGGGAUUCUGCGGUACAUUCAGUACAUUGAAAGCGAAGAGUUCCUGGGUGGUCUCAUUCAUGCCAAUGAAGAGCUGGUGGAUGCACUGAUGGCAUUCGAGGUGCUCGAUAAAAGCGUGGACUAUGACAGUGAUAGCGAGGAGGAUAUUUUGGAACCUAGUUGGAGACAAAGACGUGGACUUGGUCUGCAAGAUGAUGACCUGAAUGAUGGCGUAGCUGGGCUUAAUAUCAAUCCCCCAAAGCCGCCACGACCUACUCGUCCCGAUAGCCUGCCUCUUGCCUCUUCCUCGCAACACUCACGCCCGAUCUUCGAUAGCGAGAGUGAGUCAGAGCAGGAAGAUGAUGAUGACGACAACCCAUUCGGUGACAGAAAUGCUAUUAAGACGCCUGCCAUCGAGAAAGGGCCACCUACUUGGAGGGAAGUCUGA